AUGGAAGCGAGAACUCGAGAGAAAAAAAAAGGUAGACAAGUUCAUUUUCUUUCCCUCUAUAUUAUUCUUCCAACCUUCCUCCACCUUUUUUUUUUUUUCUCUCUCUCUCUCUCUCUCUCUCUAUUUAUCUACCUCUGCCCUGUGGCUUCCUUUCUAUCUGCCUCUGCCCUGUGGCUUCCUUUCUAUCUGCCUCUGCCCUGUGGCUUCCUUUCUAUCUGCCUCUGCCCUGUGGCUUCCUUUCUAUCUGCCUCUGCCCUGUGGCUUCCUUUCUAUCUGCCUCUGCCCUGUGGCUUCCUUUCUAUCUGCCUCUGCCUCUGCCCUAUCUGCCUUCCUUUUCCUUUCUAUCUGCCUCUGCCCUGUGGCUUCCUUUAUCUGCCUCUCCCUGCUUCCUUUCUCUGCCCUGCCCUGUGGCUUCCUUUCUAUCUGCCUCUGCCCUGUGGCUUCCUUUCUAUCUGCCUCUGCCCUGUGGCUUCCUUUCUAUCUGCCUCUGCCCUGUGGCUUCCUUUCUAUCUGCCUCUGCCCUGUGGCUUCCUUUCUAUCUGCCUCUGCCCUGUGGCUUCCUUUCUAUCUACCUCUCUCUAUUCCAUCAUUUGUAUCUAUCUCUGUCCCAGCCUUCCUUCCUUUUUCCUAUCUGUAUCUAUCUCUCUGUUUUUUUCCUUCCUACUUUUCUGUGUCCUUCUUUUCCAUUUCUGUUCCUUCCUUUCUAUCUACCUUUGUCUAUUCCUUCCCAUUUUUGGCUAUCUCUGCUCUUUCCUUCCUUUUCUGUGUGUCUAUCUCUGUUCAUCUCCGUUUAUCCUUUUCUUUAAAUCUGCCCAUUCCUCCUUUAAUUUUACUUUUUCCGUCUCUCUUUCCCUUUCUCCAUUUAUCUCAAUCAUCUCUCUCUCCCUCUCCCUCUCUCUUCCCCCUCCACGCUUCCUGUCAUCUUUGUCCUUUGUUCAUCUCUCUACCUCGGUUUGUCGAUGA